AUGUCGCGUACAGUCAAGCAAUUCCUCUUCACACUGCACCUUGGUCUCAGUCUUCUGCUCCUAGUUCAUGCCCAGGAUGAUCAAUCAGAAUUCAUUAGCAUAGAUUGUGGCCUGCAGAAAGUUACCUAUACCGAAACGACAACAAAAAUUCGCUACAUUUCAGACGCAAGCUUCAUAGACACCGGUGAAAGUAAAUCCGUGUUGAAUGAGUUUAGAGAUGACUAUCAACAACCCUACUGGUCUCUAAGGAGCUUCCCUGAAGGAACCAGGAACUGCUACAACAUAAACGUCACAAGCGGCAUCAAAUAUUUGAUCAGAGCAAGUUUUGUUUAUGGGAAUUAUGAUGGCCAAGAAAAAGCACCUGAGUUUGAACUCCACCUUGGAGCUAACUUAUGGGAGUCAAUACGGUUUGAGAAUGCCUCCGUAGGAGCAGCACACAAAGAGCUUAUACAUGUCCCACUGCGAAGCUACAUACAUGUCUGUCUGGUGAACACAGGCUCCGGCGUUCCAUUUAUAUCAGCAAUAGAACUCAGGCCUUUACUUAAUGCAUCUUAUCCAACACAAGUGGGGUCGUUGGCGCUUGAGAUGCGAUUUGAUACUGGUCAAGUACCAACUGAUUUUGAAGGAUACAGGUAUCCGUUCGAUGUUCAUGAUCGCUUCUGGUAUGCCUAUGACCGUGAUGAUUGGACACAAUUAAGUACAUCACAGACCAUUGACUCUGGAUCUAGCAAUGAUUACCAACCACCUCCUAUUGUGAUGCGUACUGCUGCAACGCCAAGACAUGUGAAUGCUUCCUUGGACUUCUUCUGGCUGCCUGCUGAUGACAAGGCAUCAUACUAUGUAUACAUGCACUUUGCAGAAGUUGAAAAGCUACAAGCAAACCAAUCCAGACUGCAAUACAUUACUAGGAACGGGCAGGUCUUUUAUGAGUUAUUUGCUCCCGAUUACUUGUACACAAGUACUAUUUUUAGCCCUGCCGCUUUGAGUGGAGGACAAUAUAAUUUUUCAAUCCGUAAGGCAGAGAACUCUACCCUUCCACCCAUCCUCAACGCCAUUGAGAUUUACACAUUGAAGGAAUUCUUAGAGUUAGAAACAAACCAAGAAGAUAUUGACGCAAUCAACAUCAUCAAGUCAGCAUAUAAGAUUAAAAAGAACUGGCAAGGAGAUCCGUGUGCCCCUCAAGCUUACUUGUGGGAAGGUGUAAAGUGUAGCUAUCCUCAAAAUGAGUCCCCAAGAAUCAUAUCCUUGGACUUGUCCUCGAGCGGAUUAACAGGGGAGAUAGCUCCUUCUAUAUCCAACCUUACAGUGAUUCAGACAUUGGAUUUAUCAAACAACAACUUGACAGGACCAAUUCCUGACUUUUUGUCUCAAUUGCCAGACUUAAAUGUCAUAAACUUGGAGAAAAACAAGCUCACAGGCUCAGUUCCGGUAGGACUGAUUGAAAGAAGGAAGAAUGGUUUUCUAUCAUUAAGUUUGUGUGCAAAUCCAAAUCUAUCCGGAAAUGUUUCUUGCAAAAAGAAGCGCAAUUUUGUUAUUCCCGUAGUUGCGUCAGUCGCUGGAAUCUCCAUCCUCUUAUUAUCUGUAGCAGCUCUCUGUUGGGGCAUUAAACGGAAAAGACAACCUGGAGCUGUCACAGAUGCAAAUCCUAUCAUUGCACCAGUGGAGGCAACAAAACGACAGUUUACAUACUCCGAGAUCCUCCAGAUCACUAACAAUUUAAAGAGGAUUCUUGGCAAAGGUGGAUUUGGAACAGUUUAUCAUGGAUGCAUAGACAAAACUCAAGUAGCUGUCAAGAUGCUUUCACCAUCUUCAGUUCAAGGGCUUCAACAAUUUCAUGCUGAGGCACACGGCACUCCAGUUGUCUUCACUUGGGAAGGUAGACUUCAAAUAGCUACAGAUGCUGCACAAGGAUUGGAGUAUCUGCACUAUGGUUGUAGCCCACCUAUUAUCCACAGGGAUGUGAAAUCAACUAACAUCUUGUUGAAUGAAUAUUUUCAAGCCAAACUAUCUGAUUUUGGCCUAUCCAGAAAUUUCCCUGUAGAGGAUGGGACUCAUAUAUUGACAGGUGUUGCUGGCACUCCCGGGUACCUUGCGCCCGAGUACAAUAUGUCAAACAGGCUAAAUGAGAAAAGUGAUGUUUACAGCUUUGGGGUUGUACUGUUGGAGAUUAUCGCGGGUCGACCUGCUUUUAUAAACACACAUGAGAGAAUUCACAUAAGUAAAUGGGUUGGUUUGUUGCUUCCAAAAGGAGACAUUUACAGCAUUGUUGAUCCAAGGUUAGAGAGAAGUUUCAAUGUAAGCUCUGUCUGGAAAGCUGUGGAAUUAGCAAUGGCAUGUGUAUCUAAGCACCCUAUCAACAGGCCAUCCAUGAGCCAGGUAUUGGUGGAACUAAAGGAGUGUUUGGCAACCGAACUGGCUCGAACAAAGCAGAGCAGCAAUCACACUGAAACAGGAAAUUCCAUUGAGAUGAUGUCUCAGAAUUCAAUCGCUAUGCUACGUCCCUCAGUUAGCUAG